UCUAAUAUGUAUUUUACUUAUUUUUAUAUUCCUAUUAUUUGUAUGUUAUGUUUAUAGUUUAAAGACUGGCAUCUAUUUUUCCGAUUGUUUCCUUAUCUUGGACUGUGUAAAUAUUUCAAUCAUGCUGGCGACAAAGUUAUUGCUGUUCAUACUAUUCGUUCACACAUGUCAUUGCUUGGAUAAGAUGUCAUGUAACUCGUCAACUCGUGUCAUCAUUGUCACUAGCAAGGCUGGUGCAGUACAGUGCGAACAAGACAAAGGACAUAUGAUAUGCCCCAAUCUAACUUCAGCUUUAUCAGAAAAAAAUUUAAAUGGCACUUGUAUAAAAUUGCUUGAAUCACAAACUUUAUAUCAAACUAUCCCAUUACUUAAUGUACAUAACUUUAUUUUGAUUGGGAAUAACUUUAAUUGUUGCUGCAAUCAUGAGAAUGCUUCUGUUGGAUUGUCAUUUGAAAACUCCUCCUCUAUUUCUAUUACCAAUAUAAUAUUUACUGGAUGCGGAGGUAAAUUUCCAUCAACAUCUGCACCACCAGACGGGACCAAUCACAUACCUUAUAUAUCAACGGCUUUGCAUUUUAAACAGUCAAACAAUAUAUUAUUUUCUGAAACACACAUUAUUGGAAGUAUGGGUUAUGCAGUUACAAUGUACGACUGCGGAGGACCUAUAAGGUUUCAAAAAUCACACUUCGAGUCAAACACUCCUGUUCCGUUCGUUACUUCGGAUGGUAAAGUUUAUGAUGGUUAUACAUCUGGAGGCGGAGUUUAUUUAGAAUAUACAUCUAGCAGUCAUGCAGAAGCGUCAAAUAACAUGAUUGAUUUUCAUGAAUGCUAUUAUGUUCGUAAUGUGGGAGAGAGCUAUUCAGCUGAUACUGAGAACUAUACACCUUUUGGUCGCGGAGCUGGCAUGUCCAUCUUUUUUAUGGGAUCAGCCAACAAUAAUUCUGUCACUAUUAGAACAGGUACUUUUGAAGUAAAUAGGGCUUCAUGGGGGGCUGGCUUAUAUGUUAGUUUUGGAAAAUAUUCGAAUAACAACGUAAUUAAUGUUACAGAAGGCACCCUAUUUGCUAAAAACAAUGCGUCUUUAUCUGGAGGAGGAAUGAGAAUUGUUGAUGAUAAUGAUAAUAAAUUGUUCUCCAAUAAUGUUGUAAAGUUAACGGAAACUGAUUUUCAGGCAAAUUAUGCUAGGGUUGGAGGUGGGUUUAGUCAAUACCGUGGUCGUGUUUUAUCUUCAGAUGGUUUCUUUAAGCAAUCAGUCGAUUUAACCUUCACAGAAUGCAUUUUUUCAGUAAAUCAAGCGCGGUUAGGGGCAGCAAUGUAUUUGGAGCAAUCUGCUGCUUCUUUUAUAAAUUUAAAGUUUAAGGAGAACAACUAUCCAACAAGAGAGGCUGUUGUGAAUGAAACUGCCGUUGGUGUCUUAUAUUCAUAUAGAAGCAAGAUCGCUGUUGGUGGUAACAAUGAAGCCUUGCGCAAUUAUAAAACAGUUCUUGUAUUGGAUUAUAGUACCUUAACUGUAGAUGGAAAAUUUACAUUUGUAAGCAACAAUGGUGACACAGGUGGUGCUAUAGCUUUGUAUGAGCAUUCUAAAAUUUAUCUCACAGAUUUAACGGAACUUUUAUUCCAAGGAAAUACAGCGAACAAAGGAGGUGCAAUUUAUAUGAAGCAGUCAGGUCCAAAGAUAAAGUUCAAGUACCAACAAAACCUACAUCUUUAUAACUGCUUCUUAUUAUUUAAAAACACAUCUGCGGAUACAUUCAAUGGAAACGUAACUUUUAUUGACAACGUAGCGUCUAAAGAAGACGGAAAUGCAAUACAUGCCACAACAUUGCAAGAUUGUUUACGCAAUAAUGAAAAAAAUGCAUCCGCUGUUUUUACAGCAUGGAGACAUUUUAAUUUUACAUCGCAUCAAUCCAUUGCUACUGACCCCUUAGACAUUAUUCUAUACGAUCAAUACUGGGAAAACAUUUGGCCUGGAAAACUGUUUAAACCAAAAAUGAAGGUGAUUGAUGAAACGCUGAAGUCAGUAUUAGCAACUGUUGAUAUAAGGUUGUCACCCAGUGGUAUGUCUCUUAGGAAUGAUUUUACACGGUUUGUUGUUACUAAUGAAGAAAUCAAAUUGACUGUUUUGUCUAAUAGUCGAAGGCAGAUUUUUAAUGUCACAAUUCAUAGUUCUUCCGGGAAAGCUCAAGCGCGAACAAUCAAGAAUAUUCAAUUGUUAUCUUGUCCAUUUGGAUACUCCUUUUCCAAAAGAGAAUGUGUUUGCAGUCAAAAUUUGGAGAGAGGUAUUUCCCAGUGUAUCGGGGAAAAUGUAUAUUUGUUUGAUAACAUGUGGGCGAAACCUCAUCAGGAGGCUCAACAGCAUGAUGCGGAGAAAAUAUUAUAUUGUCCCCAGGGUUAUUGUAAUGAUGACUGCAAACCACCAAAUAAUUCUAUCAAUAAAGUAGAAUGUCUUUAUCAAAAAUAUAACCAAUGUAAAAACGGUCGCGAUCAAAAUUCUACUCUGUGUGGAAAAUGUAGAAUAAACUACUCUGUCACCUUUGGAUCAGAAAGAUGUGCAGAUUGCAGAGCAAAAUGGUGGUUUAUUAUUUGGCUGGUACCCUCCUUGGUAAUAUUUUUUGGCAUUAUCAUUGUAUUUGUGUUGUUAGCAAAUUUUGACAUUUAUGACAACUAUAUAAGCGUUAUAUUUUUUUUCUACCAAGUUGCCCAUUUAACGAGAACACCAACGCAGAAAUAUGAUCCUGUCAUGCGUUUCUUUAGUGGAAUAAUAAACUUAGAUGGACUUCACGUGUCAGAGGAUUCAUCAAUAUGUGUUUGGGACGGCUUCAACGACAUGCAAAAAAUGGCUUUUAAUUAUAUCAUACCGUUUAUAAUGAUAGUUUGGUUGGGUGUAAUAACCCUAAUCGGAACCUGCAAAAGAGAUUUUUAUUUCAAUAAAACAAAGUGUCUUCGUGCCUUCGUGUUUGUGAUGACCUGGGCAUAUAGCGACAUUACACGGAUUACAUUCAGCUUGUUACAUAAAGGUGUUGUAGAUACAUCUGAAAACUCCACACGAUUGUACAUUUAUGGCGAUGUUAGGUUUUUUAAAGAUGAGCAUCUUUACAUUGGAUCAAUUGCCAUUGUAUUUCUUGUUGUUGUUGUGAUUGGAUUUCCGUUAUUACUGAUGUUCGCAAACUUAAUACUCUCCUGCAAAUUCGUACACUUCAAGCCAAUUUUUGACUUGUUUAAUUAUUGCUUCAAGGAUACGUUUAUUAGUCAGCUUUUUCCGUCCUACUAUUUUGUAUGUCGUUGUAUUUUACUUGCUGUUUCCAUAUUAUCUCCCAAAGAUCAGGCCCAACUGACACGAUUGGCUGUUAUUUGCAUUUUUGUGUUAGCUAUCUUUUCAGUCCUUAAGCCAUACAAAAAAAAUCGCAUCAAUAAUUUUGACAUGUUUGUGUUGGUGAAUUUAUCAGCGAUAGCUUUACUUAGCAAUGGUAAACGAAGCCUCUAUACCUUCGAUCCAAUGGACGAAAUUCUGCAUGAUGUGAUGCAAGUGUUGAUGUGGCCACCCUUGGUCCUCUUUUUUAUUUUUCUUGCAUGGAAAUUGAUAAGAAGGAGAGUACCGAAAGAUAGACGUCCAGCUCUUCUUGAAGCUUGCGUUUGUACAGAUGACGAAACCGAGUAAAGAAAAGUACGAAUUUAUUUUCAUUGUAAAUUAUAUAAAGAUUUGAACUUGAGGCUAGUAAUGUUUAAAUCCUUUUAUUAUACAUUCUCCGGUCAAUGUAUAAUCUGACAGACCAAUUCCAUAUAUUGCAACAAGUUGUGCAACAAAAACUUUUUGAAUAACACUUCUUUUACACGGUCAAAAAGAAGUUAAGACAAACGAGUUUUAUUCUGAAUUUUUGUGUAUUUUUUUCAUGUACAAUUUGUUUUUUAAAAAAUUUUGAAAACAAAAGUUGGAGAAAUUAGUUUUUUGCGAUCAAUUUUGCGCUAGGAGUUUGCAUGAUUAAAAUUUAAAAUGUAAUUUGCAGUAUAGAAAAGGCUGCAGUAUGAUCUAGUUCGAAUAAACUAGCACUGUAUUGUUUCAGGAUAAAGGACAGGUACGUAGCUUUUUCUGUUUUUUUUUUCAUAUCAUAUUAUGUUGAAACGUUAUUAAAAGUAGGAUUUUGAAGCAUUGAAAAAGGCGAUGAAAAAAACAAAGAUUUAAUAAGUUGUAUCUAAAAUAAAUUACGGAGCUUACGAGUUAACAACGACAACAGCGACCUCUUAAGUGGUAACUAAACAGGGGACAUUUUAAAAUCACAAAAUAUAUAACAUAAAUAACAUUUGUAGAUAAGGAUUUAGUCGGAAAGACGGAGCUACAUAAUUUCCAAAAAUAUAAAUAUGCAAACAAUAUGUUGAUAUACAACAAAACACAUGUACAAAUCAUCUUAAAAAUUCUGGUAUAUCUUUAUAAAUUAAGUUUUUAAGCCCAUAUACAACAACGCAAAAGUCACGUUCUCUCGUGAGAAUAAAGCUUUUCAAGUCAGUCCGCCAUAAAGAAAACGGUUGUAGAUUUACCCAGCCCAGCGCUUGCGCAGUAGAAUAAUUUGGCGUCACGACGUCACCGUUGUUGUUUUGUAAGCUCUCUAUUAUGGCUUCUAAUGAAAAUACUUUUUACGACUGUCGCUUGAAAUGGCGCAAAAAUAGAUUAAAAUUGUACAUAGAUUAUAUUUGAUUUAGUAAUAUUUUUUUGCAAAAAAAAAUGUGUAAACAUGUGUAAACAUUUGACAUACGUUCGUAAAGUAUAUUUUCGUGUAGUUUUCUUUGCUUUUUGACAUUUUAUCUUUUUAACGGAAAGUCAUAAAAUAGAAAAACAAUUUUUUGAAAUGUUUUUUUCCACUUCCAAGUGAUUGCAUUUAUUUUUUUUACAAAUUUUAACAGACAUAGCUACUGGCAUAGCAAGUCUAAUACGACAAUUAAAUUUGACAUUUCAUACCAUUUCUUUCAUCCUCUCUUUAAGUUCUAUCUAUUGCUAAGUUCUAUCUAUUGUUGUUUAAAAUACUACAUAAUUUUGAUUUAGUAAUAUUUUUGCAAAAUAAAAUAUUUUAUAAAACCUCGUUAAAACAUGUAUAUAUAUUUUUUAGGUUUUUAAUUGCAUAUUUCAUAAAUAUAAUUUCUAAGUUUUUAUAUAAUUUAAAUAUCAGCAUUACACCUUG